GUGUUGAAAAAAUAAAUGGCCCUGAAAGGGGGGGAAAAGGGCAAUCAGAUGGUGCAAUGGGUGUCCAAGCACGUCAUGGCCCCAUCUGCAGGCGAGAGAUUGGAAGGCUCCUCCCUUUUUGGCUGAUAAAAGCUGGCAAAGGGUGAGACAGGACUGAGCUUUGGCUGAGCCUGUGCCAGAGAGAGGAAGAAAAAAAUCCCAAGAGGAAAAAAACCCAGUGGAGAAGCAGCCAGUGGAAGGAAACCAUCUGGAGGGACCCCAAAACGGCACCAGCAACAACAAGGAAAGCUCCAAGAAGGUUUGAGUGAGGGGGAAAAUCCCAGUGCUGAUAGGGGGGUUACAUCACCCUGAUGUCUGUAGGGGGGGAAAAGGGGAUUUUGAACCCCCUCCCCAUCCCAUGAACUCAAGAGGGGAAGUGGAUUUACCCUUGCUUUGGUCUCAGGAUCUUUGUUUCAGAUUUAAAGGUGUUUUUGCCCUGGAGAGUCAUGGGGAUUAGUUGCUUCUCAUCUACUUGUAACAAUCCACCUGGGGAAUUUGGGUGAGAAACAGCAUGGCUCCUGCUUUUAUCUCCUUUUGGGUGAUUUUCUCACCUUUUUCCCACUUUUACUCAUCACCUUGCUGCUUUAAUCUCCUUAUCUGCAGAUUCACUGAGGAAAACGCAUGGAAAAGAAGCAACCUGUUUAUUUUCAACUGUCACAGCAUGCUUUAUUCAAUCGUUUUGGGGCAUUAUUACUCAUUUCCAGGGUCCUUUAGCACAGGCAGCCCCUUGUUUGCAUGCAAAACCCCACACAGAGUUCCAGAGGAUGAAUUUGAAGCCAUUUGGUGACAGCUCUUAUAUCCCUCACACACAUUUUCUCCAAGGUCAAGAGCAAAUUUCUUCACAGGAUUUCUCUGGACAUGAGAGGUGAAUGUGGCUUAUCUCAAUUUAGGGACUUUCCUCACUCAAAUAAGCUUCGUCAGAUUUGAUUGAUGAAUGGUGGAGACAGAGAUGGAUUUAAGCUGGAUAGAUUCAGCCUUCAGCCAGCAUGAGGAAUGGAGAUUUGGGGGUAUAAUAAUAUCUACAAUGGAGAUGGGUUCAUCCCAAUGUGCUCCUCAUGUUCCCUUCAUAGUCAUCAGGGAAUUAAUUGAUUUAAUCCAUCUCCAAGGGUUUCCCAUAAAUGAACCAAGCUCUGUUGCAACUGUUGAAGAAAAAAAAUGCUAUUUUCUUGAAGUAUUUUGAUUAAAUGUGGUGAUUAAACCCAUUUUUUGACAUAGAAAGGAGCAGAAGCUGAGAUGUGACUGAAGGAUAAUAAUUAGAUUUUAUUCUUUCUUUCCUUUUCCUGUGCCUCCAGCCAAGAGGAGAGGACACUGUGGGUGCAAUGGCUUUCUUCCUCAAACCACGGCCAUGCACAUGGGACCUUGCCCUGGACUACCACACCGCCAAACAGUUUGAAGUGGAUGUAACCCUGGACCCAGCCACAGUGGGUCCAGAGGUGAUCCUCUCUGAGGACCUCAAAGAAGCUACAUGGGGUAGACCUCAGUGCCAGUGGCCUGAGGGUCCAGGCCGAUUCGACACAGAUCCGUGCAUGCUGGGCAGCAAGGGCUUCACCUCGGGCCGUCACUACUGGGAGGUGGAGGCCAAUGGGCGCUUCUGGGCUGUGGGGGUGGCCUGUGAGUCAGUUCAGAGGAAAGGCCAGGUCCUCUUCAAGCCUAACACUGAGAUCUGGGGUUUGCAGAAGUAUGAUGAGCUCUGCGUUGCCCUCACAGCUCCAUCCAACACCUCUGUCCCACUCCUCGAUGGGGAGAUUGGGGUGUACCUGGACUACGAGGUGGGACAGGUCUCUUUCUAUGCUGUCAGCAGCCACCAACGCAUCUUCACUGUCCAGGCCUCCUUCAGUGGGGAGAGGGUCUUCCCCUACUUUUGUGUGCUUCUCUCAACCAUUAAACUGUCCCCCAAGGGCUGAUGCCCUGGAAGGACAAAAGCUGAUUGCAUCAUGGUGAUUGAAAAUGCUCAGGUGCUCCUCAACUCUUUUUUUCCAAAUCUUGGAGUCAAUUCUGGUCCUAACUCCAUCCUAGAUGUCUCUGUUUUGGGUUAUGUCCAGGGGGUUUUGGGUCUGAGCUCAGCACGGCUCACAUCAAGUUGUUAAGUUUGUCCAAAGUUCAUUAACAGAAGCUGGGCUUCCCUGUGCUUGUUUUGAGCUGAAAACUUUGCUUUUGCUCCCAAUUUCAGCCUCCUUUGAAGGUUUCUUUUUCUGAGCUCAGUGCCUAUGAUUGGGUGGGUUUCCAGCACAAAUUAAAAAUCUUAAUUUUUACAGGCUUUGCAUUAAUACCAGCCACCACCUCAUUUUAAAACUGAUUUUGUCAUCACAAGGAUGUGCUCACACCCACUUCUCCCACUCUUUUCCUCUGCUGUUCCCCUCGCUUGAGAUUUAUUUCCAAGUACUUAGCCUGUAAAUAUACUCAGAAUAUAAUAAAUCUUUUCUUCUCUAAGAA